AUGGCCCAGCAACCUGCAGGAACAGCGCCUCAGAUGAAUGCGCAAGAGCUCAUCAACACCGUGCUGGAGUUGAGACAGGCAGUCAAUGGAGGUCAACAACGUGAGGCCCAGUUGAGAGCCCAGGUUGAGCAGCUGGUGCAAGUCGGCACGGAAGCACAGCAGAGAGAACAGCAACUCAGAGCCCAAGUAGAACAGCUGACACAGCAAGUUCAGAACCCUGGACCUGGAAGUCUGCAAGCAGUGGUUGGACAAGCCUUCCAAGCCAUGGCCCAAAGCCAAAAGGACCUCAUCAACGGGUUAAGGCAGAAGGAGGAGAGGAACGUGACCCUCUUCGACACGAAGGGCUUGGCAAAGCCCGAGAAGUUCGACGGAAAGGAGGAGAGCGUCCUUUACUGGAGGACGAAGCUGGAGUCGUUCAUCGCUUCGGUCUACCCUGAGUUCGAGUCGGUGAUGGCCUGGGCGGAGAAUGAGGACAGCGAGAUCACGAAUGCAGAUCUGCUUGCAAGCUUUGGCCCAGUCAACCCGACCGACAGGACCAUCGAGAACGUCGAAGGCAUGAACACCCAGUUCUACGCAGUCCUGCAAAGCCUCUGUGAGAAAGAGUCGUUCACGAUCGUUCGUUCAGCUGGUCGGAACAACGGAUGUGAGGCCUGGAGAAAGCUGAUCAAGAGGUUCGAUCCCACGACAGGAGGCAGACGUCGUGCGCUGUUGCGCCACAUCUUGACGCCCACGAAGAUCACCAAGAUGGAAGACUUGUCGUCCGCCUUGGAAGCCUGGGAAGAACAGCUGAGGUUAUACGAGGCGAGGAAACGCAGUGAUGGCACCAGGCACAUUUUGGAUGAUGAGAUAAAGAUAUCGGUGGUCGAGCACUUAUGCCCGGUGGAGUUGGAAAAGCACCUACAGAUGAACAGGUCGCGAUACGCUUCUUACGAUGAUGUCAGGGGCGAAGUCGUCCUGUUUCUGGAAUCUCGCCUGGGGAGCCGCAUGAAAGUGGUGGAUCCCGGAGGUGCGGCACCCAUGGACAUCGGGGCAUUUGGCAAGGGUCCCAAAGGCAAGGGCAAGAAGGGCGGCAAGGGUGACGGCAAGAAGGGCUCCUCCAAGGGCAAGGGCAAAGGAGGUGCAGCGAAGGGAAAAGGGCCUGGCGAUGGGUCCAAGGAAACCCGGACCUGCAACAACUGCGGAAAGGUGGGCCACCUGAGGAAGGACUGCUGGUCUGCUGGCGGUGGAGCUGCCAACAAGAACCAGCAACCGAAGUCCAAAGGAUCGUCAAAGAAGAGUGGAAAAGGUGGCAGAGUGAGCAACUUGGAGGAGGCCGAGCCAGAAGCUGAGACUGCAGAAACCGGCUACUUGAGCAUCGCCGGACUUGAAGAAUGGAGUGAAGACGAAGAGAUCAAGGCUCAGGAGAUUGAAGAACCGACGGGAACUUCGAGCAGCACCUAUGUGAAUGUUCGGGUGGAGCCUGAGCGCUAUGUGAUGGUGAAAUCGGAGGAAGUGUCGUGCUCCGAGCCUUGUGACUGCUGCCUGCACCUGAAGUGCCAGGUGGAUCCCAAUGAACGUCACUUCAUUCAUGAGUGUGGAGUCUGCAGCAAUCAUCGCAGGAAGUUGGUUGAAGAUGCGACGGCGGCGGGAUCGUCCAAGAGUCAAAUUCGAAACCUGCUCAAGAUCACUCGUCCUGAAAGCUUUCACUACCUGGUGGACAAGACCAUCUGCUUGUUCAAAGGCAUCACGCAGGGUGCUUUCCACAGCUUGGACGAGGACAGGAAGGAUGAGUUGAGGCAGGUGCAUGAUCCCUUGGGGACAAGUCGAGAUGAGAACGCCAGCACUCUCAAGCAGCUUGAGGCAUCCAGAGAAGAGAUGAGGGUCAGCUACUUCGAGAAGCUGUCGGAGCAUCUGGUGGGAAGGGUGAGUCGGACCUUUGGUCAACGACCGACCCUGGAGGUGGACGGCCCGAGUCGAUCCAGUGGAUCGGCCGAGGCUGCAGUUCCAUCUCGACCCAUCGGAUCAGCUUCGAGUCAGGUGAUGCAUCGGACGGUUGAGAUGCUCGAAGUGGCCAACUUGGAUGCCGAGAAGAGAGAGAAGAUCCAAGAGCUUGAGAACUGUGAGGAUGAAGACGAGAUGAAGGUGUUGGAGACACGCAUCAAGGAGAUCGACGAGCGCAAGAACAUCCUGAAGGAGACCAUCAGGGACAACGACCGAAGGAGCAAGGAGCUCAAGAGCAAGGAAGGUGGAUUUAAGUUGACGGCGGAGACUGCGAAUGAUCAGAGCUGGCACGAUGCGCGGUACUACGCCGCUCGCAAGGCGGGUGUCACACACUCCAAGGCCUGGUCCGAAGAGAAGAAACGCCGCAAAGCCACCCUGCACCGUCGAUCUGGAGCACCAGAACGUGCUGCAGAACGUCUUCGUCAGGAUGAAGCCUGGCAUCGUGAGUUCGACACCAAGAAGGUGAAGGAUGAAGAGUAUCACGAUGAGACGCUUGGAGGAAUAGAAACAGAGGCUGUUGUCGAAACGGAAGACGGAGGAAUCAGGGUCUUGAGAGGAAAUGCCCGUCCGGUCAGAAGAGGUCAGCUGAAGAGGAAGGACGCAGGCACCUUUGUGAAAUCUGCGCGAUCAUAUCGAAAGCUGACCCAAGACGAGGUCUCGAAGUUCAACACUGAGACAAAGGAAGAUGAGAUGAAGGUCAUGAGGAAGAAGCGCACCAACUUGUUCAAGAUGAGGCGACGAGUCAUGACCAAGGAGCAGAAGGAGCAAAGAGCUAAGAGAGUCAAGGCUGCGAAGAUGAGGAAGGCGAAGGCCUAUAAGGUGGACCCCGACAAUGAGUUCUACCUGCAACAUCCCAAGAGCGGAAGGAUGUGCGCUGACUUUCGGCGCUCCUACUGCCACAGGGGAGCGAAAUGCAGAAUGGGACACUCGGAGCUUGACAGGGAGAUCCACUUCAUCGAAAGCCGCAACACUGAGGUUGAGAAGCUGACUGGCAAGAAGCAAGAGAUCAAUUCGUUUGAAGAGGAUGUGAACAGUUUCACUACCAGUGACGGUUGGACCAAGCUGGUGGUGAACUUCGACACCGGGGCAGCCAUCACGGCUGUGCCAAGGACUUUGGGGGAGCAGGGCUUGGUGAAAGGAGACUCGAAGUCAAUGCUGAGAUCCUACAAGACUGCUUCAGGUGAGAUCCUAGAAGACGAAGGCGGAGUUGUCGUCAAGGGUCUCAACAACAAUGGGUUUGGAAGGAGUGUGGAUGGAAGAUUGGUCGGCGUCCACAGGAUGUUGGCCAGCGGCACCGCAGUGGCAAAGAAGAACAUGGUGGUGCUGGAAGGUGACAAAGGCUGGAUCCUGCCCAAGUCGGGCAAGAUCGCGAAUGGCAUGAGGGCAGCAUUCAAGAAGCUCGUUGAGGCACAUCCUAAGGAGGCUGACGAUCUCACGGAGCUCUACGAGCACAAGGGAAUCUACGUUUUCGAUCUUUGGCUGAAUGGCACGGCUAAGGAUAAAGGUUUUGACCACGUCGGUCGAGACCUUGGAGCGGUUGAUGAAGGUUUCAGCCGGCAGGAGGCUGUUCAGGCGGCAUCGAGCGUCGAGGUGCUGCUGGAGGAGAGCAAGACUGGAGACAGCCGAUCAAACGGGUUGGCUGAGGCAGCUGUCAAAGAGAGCAAGAGACAGUGCCGCGCCAUGAAAAGCGCGUUCUUGGAGAAAACCAAGGCCGAGAUCAAUGACACUCACCCAAUUUGGAGUUGGGUGGCAAGGCACGGGAAUUUCCUGAUGUCGCGUUACAGAGUCGGCCAAGAUGGUCGAACUGCCUAUGAGAGGCUCAAAGGCAAGAGAUGGAAGCGGCCCAUGGUGAGCUUCGGGGAGAAGGUCUACUUUCGGCCCUUGAAGAGCUAUGUCGCUGGACAGGGUGACAUGGAGCCGCAGCUGAAGCUGGGGCGCUAUGUCGGAACACAUGGGCGCAGCAUCAAGAGAGUCCCCAUCGAACAAAGGUGGGACAUGGAGGACUUUGACAAGCUUCGGGGUACUCCCUGGAACUUGAGGCCGAGAAUGGCGGAAGAUGUGGACUCACUGCCUGUGAGGAUCGCACUUCCAGAAGCGGAAGGACGGCUCACGCCGGAGCCGGCACUGAGGGACGGUGGUCCUAGGAACCUCUAUGUCACGAAGAAGGACGUAGAGGGCCAGUACACCGUUGGGUGUCCUGGAUGCAUAGCGAUCCAGACGGGAUUGCCCGCAAGGUCGCGCAAUUCAGAGUGCAGAACGGCAGUGCAACAGAGACUGCUGCAGACGGAAGAAGGCAAGCUUCGAGUCGAGAAGGCUCGGAAGCGCAAGAGCGAGGCAGUUGUUCCAGCAGAAGGCGGAGAACAUGUAGCCUUGGAAGAUGGUCCAGAUGUGGAACAGGAGGUGCACGGCCCAGAUGCAGUUGGGAGACCUGCUCCAGAGCGAGUUGAACCCUUGGUUCAGCCGGCUCAGGCCAAGAGACAGGCCGAAGGAGGGGAGCCCAAGAGCAUCUUGAAGAAGGCAAAGCCUGAAGAAUCCAGAGGCGUUAAACGCCCAGUGACGGAUGUCAAGAUGUCCGCUGAAGAGAAAGCAGUGAAGGUUGAAAGCAACUCUAGUCCCUCUGGAGGCGCAUCUUCGUCGAGUUCGAAGGCUGCAGCCGAGGACAUCUCGGCACUGCUGGAAGCAAACAUGUUUCCAGGACUGGAGUCCAAGAAGGAAAUCCUCGAGAUCGGGGCAAUUGCUAUGCCUGGGUUUGCCAUUGACUUGUCGUUGACCAAGAACGACAAGGGUGAGUACUGGGACUUGUCAACUGAGCAAGACCAGAAGGUCCUGAGGAGGUUGCUCAGGGAUGAGAAGCCACUGGUUCUCAUCGGCUCACCUCCCUGCGGACCGUUCAGUCCGCUGCAGAAUCUGAGCAAGAACAAGAGAUCGGAAGCCGAAAACCAGGCCAUUUUGGCCGAAUGGCGGAAGCAUCUGAAGGUCGCAACCGGAAUAAGACAAGAACUUCGCGACAUGGGAGAGCUGUCCGCUCUCAACGAGCUGGUGGCCGGACCAUGUCCGGAUGGUGCAAGCAACGAGCCCACUGAAGAGAUGUGGGACUAUCACGACGACAGCCAAGAGGAGAUCUACGACAGUGUCACCGGAAUGAUCAAUGCCCUCCGCUUUGCAGAGCGUGGCCCAAAGUUGGUGAAACCAAAGCACAUGAUUCGCACCUGGAAGAUCCGUCCCGGAGACCUUGUCUACGUGAACAGUGGCAAUGAUCGGGGCAGCAGCGGCGAGGUGUUGAUGAUCGAUCCGCGACGGAACAUGUUGAAGGUCAAGGGCAUGAACAAGCGGAAGGUCACAGACGAGGAGGGGAACGAAAAAUUCAUCGAGAAGAAGAUCCACUAUUCCAAUGUGGCCCUGGUGGACCCCACCCUUGGCAGACCCACUCGGGUUGGCUUAACUUUCACCGAAGAUGGCGACGCCAUUCGAAUCUCCAAGGCCUCUGGCCACGUCAUCCCCUGGCCCGAUCCGCCCAAGUAUUUGACGCUUGAGGAGGAGCAUGAGGAAGGGCCCAAGGAUACACCACCAGAGGUUGCGUUGAGAAAAACCUAUGACUACCAGGCUGACAAGGAUGCCAUGAUGCAAAGAGGCAUGCAGCCAUCCAUGCCUCAGGCGUUGCCUGGAAUGGGAGGCUUUGGUGCCCCAAUGCCUGGUUUUAUGGAGCCCAUCUUUUUCGGCCACGGGACUCCCGGACGACCCAUGGCGCGGAUGGCGCGGAUCCUAUUGGCAUUGUUGGCCCUCGUGGUGCUUAGGUUUGCGCCAGCCUUCCUUCCAACGACCACGGGCACAGUACAUAACAAGGUGGUUCCAGGUGCAUUCGCACCCCCAAGAGCAGCACACGCGCGUCAAACACAGGGCGAGGGUGUCGUUGCCGUAGCUUUGCUUGGCCUUGCCGCAGUGGUGUGCAAGGCCCGCCCAAGUGCGACAACCAGCCGAAAAGGCUUUGCCGUCAGUGUGAUGCCUACCGAGAGUCCAGCAUUGGCAGGUGGAUCUUUGAGCCAAGACGAGGCUCAAAGCAGUCGUGGACUAGUGGCACGUCGCAGUCUAUACAGUUGCUACACCCUCUAUUUUCGCCGCUGGCGCUACUAUGAGGAUCGUGCUCGUCGCAACUUGCGCAAUCGAGCCUACAACAUUUUCAUGAAGAACAGAUAUAAGAAAGCCAUGAAGAAGGUGCUCCGCUACUGCGUGGAGUUGGAACACUACGACAAGCAGCCGGACAGUCAUCAGCAAGUGAUGGAUGAGGUCAAGGGCAUGUUGGAUGAGGCCUGUGAGAUCAUUGACGAGGUCACUGUGCAGGGAGUGCUCCAUCGCAACACCGCGGCCAAGCGUAAGGACCGUAUGUUCCGUGCCAUCCUGCGUGGCUCUGUCAAGAAGGGCCUCAUGAAGCGUCCAGCUGAUCCCUUCACCCCGGCCUACAAGGCCAUUGGGUACACCUUGCCAGAGUGCAACUUGAUGAGGGAGCCAAGGCCUUGGCAGUUGCCAGGCUGGAAGUCUCCUUGGAUGUUGAAGAGGGAGUGGGAGAAAUGGCGCAAGGUGAGCGGCCGCAAGUGA